UCGGAAGUUUACCGUUGAUUCAGGAUUAGAGAUAAGAUGGGUGGAUAAUCUUAUCUGACAAUGAUAACGUUAUCUUUGGCGGCGACGAAGGUGAAUUGGGUCUUUUUUCCCGUCCUCCGAUCAUCGUCGAACGUGUAAAGUUAUAUUAGAUCAAAAUUCUCUCAACUUAACAAGGCUCAUCGAUCACAAGACUUCUCCUUUCUUCAACUGUUUCCAUUCAUCGCAAUUCACAUCACACUUGAUCAAGUUCCCCUCACCCCCUUUCCCCAUACAUGGCACGCCUCUUGUUUACUAUCCUGGGUCUCCUCGUUGCCUUCCUCGCAGCCCUAUACCAAAUUUACCUCAGCCCCUUAUUGCAAGUUUUGGGUGUAUUCCGCACUGUAGAGAAUUUCGGGUUGGACCCUGCUGCUUGUAGAGGUUUACCAGAGUUUCAGGCUUGUGAGAAAAUCGUCCUCCACCAACCCACUGGAAUCCUUUACCUCGCCUGUUCAACCCCAGAAAGUCGACUCGCGUGGACCCCCGCAAUGGGUCAACUCAACGCUCAAAACAGAUCCGUCGAGGACUACAUCGCUACAUUCGAUCCAACCACCUCAAAGAUCACUCGGCUUGAACUCCAAAACUAUCAUAGCGACCAGCCAAUAUCCGUACACGGCAUGGACGUCGUUCCUUCUAACACUAACCCAAACGAGCUUUUCGUGUAUCUGGUCAACCACCGUGCACCUCCACGUGAGCAAGAUCCGGAAACUGUAGGAGCGGAUUCUGUUAUCGAGGUAUUCAAGACCACAGUAUCCGGGGACCAAUUGGUCCAUAUCAAGACAGUCAGAGAUCCAAACGUUAUAUCAACACCAAAUGAUGUCGCCGGGGACGCUGAUGGGAAAGGGUUUUAUUUCACCAAUGAUCAUGGUUUCAAGGUUUCACAUGUCCGAACACUCCGCAACGUCUUUUCCUCAACAACCUCUGUCGGGUACUGUCAUCUAGACCACGGUUGUAAAAUCGUGGCAUCUGGAUUAUACACCAACAACGGAAUCGUCAAAGCCCCGGCACUGAAUGCCAGUGUAUACGUCGCGAGCAAUAUGGGCGGAAAGAUAUCUGUUUUUGAAAGACAGGCGGUGGAUGAUUCUUUGAUAUUAAUGGACGUUAUACACAUAGGACAGGCUCUGGAUAAUCUUUCCUUGGAUAAUAACGGUCAUUUAUGGGUUGCAGCAUUCCCCAAAGCCCAAGAUAUGGUUGAACACCUAACCAAAAACCCACUGCACCUCUCACCCGUUGCGGCAUUCAAGAUCUCCGUAAAUACUGGUCCAGGCUCCUUUUACGGUGAGAAAUACGCGGUCGAGAAGAUAUUCGAAAACGACGGAACGAUUGUCUCAGGAUCUACUUCGGUCGUACAUGACUCUGAACGAGGGAUGCUUUUCAUGCAUGGUGUGGCUGCUCAUCAACUUGUUGUGUGUCGUGUACAGUAUUAGAUUAUAAUUAACAUAUUGGCAUAUGCGUAUGUAUGUUUUGCAUUUUUUUCCCAGAAUUCAAGAAUUGUACGACACAUCAUAUGGGAAUCGAUGAUCGAU